CCUCUUACUCAGGCUAGAGCCGCACCCGAACAUACCGACAUCUGAUGUCUUCCCAGGAAUGCAGUGCGUAUCGCAACCCACUGCAUCAGUCAAUGAGAAUGCGAAGGCCAGGAAUUCAAAUGAGUUUACAGAUUUGCCGGAUUCUGUACAUCGAACGCGUGCGGUGGUGUUACCAGAUAAGGACCAGCUUGGUAGUCAUGCUCCAAACUCUCCCAAUGCUCGGACUGUGGAGUUCUACAGCAAUGGCAGUGCUAGCCAGAACGAUGCAGCUCAGCCUCGUUCGAAGAUACCACCUGUAAUGAUAUAUCCUCCUCCGCCACCACCGCCGAUAUCAAUCGCCGAAAUGAAUGCUCCUCCGCCUCCUCCACCUCCAAUGGACCUCCCGAAUGGACUUCAUUCCAGUUUGGCGCCAAUUGUACCGCGGGAUGCAUCACUGGAUAAGCUGGACAACGAGCAGCAAUCGUUGCGGGAUCUUUGUGACAAUUUGGUGGGCGCACGGUUUACCUUGGCUGCGAAACGGAAAGAGCUACGUGAUCUUCACAUAGAUACGGGUGCGAAGGACGGCCAUGCCUUCAACCUGUUACGGCAAUAUCUCAAUGAGAUAGGUGCCGAUGUGCCACCUAACAUUUCACGUGCUCUUGCUGACGCGUCUUCAUUACGAGACCGACUUGGCCUCUUGGAAGUUGAUUACGACGAAGCCGAAGCCAGAUUCAACACACUAGAGUGGAGAUACUCUCGCAGAGAAACAAGGUUCGUUGAAGAGGUUUUGAAUAACAAACUCGUACCAAGUGAAACGCUCGACAGAAGUCAGAGUGCAGAAAAUUUGGAAAUUCUGCAAUUAACCCGUUUCAUGGAACGCCCUAAUGACGACAACUCCAUAGCUUCAGUCCUUCCAGCUUCUAGUGACCAGACAGGCAUCGGAUCCAUGGAGGAGCUAUCCGCGUUUCUAGCAGAGCAAGGCUUAGUGGUCCCACGUAGUGCGAGUAUAAGAUCCUCACGACCUCGCUCGCCUCGGAGCAAUCUGAGCGAUUUAGCUUUAGUUGAAACGAAGAGCGCGAAUGACAUUCGUCUGACACAUGAUCAUCUGCGCUGGGUGGAGAAGAUGAGCAAGAUUCACGAAUGGUUGUUUGAUAUCGUGGACAAAUCGCCGUUACAAAAACUGCGUCUGAAAGCAAUGCAGGACUUUGGUUUUACAGACACAAAAACAUGGUGGGCGCACACUAAAUGGCUUUUGGUUCAAGACUAUUCUACGUACUUCCACACUGGCGAUUCUACGGUAUUCAAUCAUACCAUGGGCGGGGACGUUUCCGAAACUACAAAGGAAGGAUUGAGCUCAGUGUCAUCUAUCGUCGACCUUUGCAGUACAAACCACAUGCUACUCGGUAUCCAGGCAUCAGACGUACCUGAUCCUGCUACUUUGCCAAGCACCAUAGGGUCAAGUGAUUACCAAGAGAUGAACAACCAAGCGCAAAUGCCUCAAAAGUGGCCCUCCGACUCGAGGAAAGAACCCACGGGCUCAGCAAUCAUACCUCAAUCGCCAAAACGCCGUAUAUCACAUAGAAGCAUUGCCACAGACGGAACAGCUUUCCGCCAGAUAAGCGGAUCCCAGAGACCGCGGAAACGUAAUCGUUUACAGAAGCGAUAUCCUUUGCCUGAAUUCAAGAAAGCAGAGGUUGGGGAAGCUGCAACACUACCAACCAACCCUAACAACACUACCCUUUCGGAAAAGGACCUUUCGUGGCCAAUUAUGGAUCCCGGAAGCCAAAACAACGAUGGUGAACUGCCUAGUCGUACUGGUAGUACGCCUCGCCAACGCUCAGAAUCAGAACAAUCUUCGUCGUCCGCCACUCAAGAUCUCAAGCCAGCACAGACGGACAAUCCAAAGUCAUGUCUUGUCAUGUAGUCUACUUAGUGUUGAAGUGUGUUGCUUGCUUUCUUCCUGUUUCUUAUGUUCAUUAUGCUUUUCUAAGUCUGUUCGAGCCGUUUAUGCUCACCAUACGAUACUAUAUAUAACUUACAGGGGGACUCUGAUGUGGCGCGCUGCGAUGACUUGAGGCCACUAGGUCUAUCAUUUUCGACAUGGAUUUCCAGUACAGAUUUUUUUGUCACGGAGUAUCAUCACAUUCCCGCUUGAUAGAGGUUCUCUUUUCGUGUGCUUUGGAGUUGGGUCUGCAUAUUUUCAAUCCCUCUUGUAUCUCUCUCGGCGUUCAUUCCAUUUCUAGUUUGUACUUGUAAACAGUUAUACUGGAUCCAGUCUUCAUUGAGGGGAUUCUUCCCGCUAAAUCCUGG